AAAUCCCCGCCCCCGGCCUGCAGGGCGGCGGAGACGCUGGCGGCCCGCAAGGAUUUGAAACCGUUUGGCGGCGGCGACAGCGGCGGCGGCCCAUCGGGAAGCUUGCAUACUGAAUUAUGGAAAUGGAAAGUGAAGAAGAACAAUGGGAGAAGCUGGAUGCGGAAUUUGAUCACUUUGUGGUAGAUAUGAAGCCUUUUGUUUUAAAAUUACCCCAUAGGCCAGAACGGCAGAGGUGUGCACUUUGGAUUAGAAAGCUGUGUGAGCCUUCAGGAACAGGUGCAGGAAUAAUGGGCAGGAAGAAUCGUAACCUGUAUGCAAAACUGUUACUGCAUAUGCUUAAACGAGGAGUGAUUGAAGGCCCUUUUAUACACCGACCUGAACCUGGGACACUAAAAACUUUACCUUCGUACAUGUCCAUCUAUUUUGAUGAACCAAAUCCAGCACAAGCCAAAAGUUCAAGCCCAGAAGGAUUACCGGACUGGGUAAUGGGUGAGCUGGGGACGAGCGAACACAAAUUAAAUGAAUCAUGGAAGCUUUCUUCUGGAGACAGUUAUUCUUUGGUGCAGUCGCCAACCGAUGGCCACAGGGAACAGUACACUGCGAAACUCCAAAGGACAUCACAUUCUAGGAGUCCAACCUACAGAGAAGACGGACAACAUGUUACCCAAAAGAGUUGUGAAGUUCAUUUGAAAAAAUCUGCUGUUUCUUUGGAUGACAGCGACAUUGAAGCUCGCCUUAAUAGUUGGAAUCUUGGGAUAGAAAAUCCUCGAUACCUGAGACAGAAGCCUAUCCCGGUUUCUCUGAUGACUCCAAAAUUCAGCCUGAGAAAAUCCAGUAGUUUCCAUGAGGAUCAUUUACUCUCUCGAAUGCAUGAGAAAGAGUAUGAUGUUCAGAAGAUUUUAGAACGAAAGAACAGUGAAAUAGACGAAUUGAAAACUUUAUACAAAACAAAACAAAAUGAAAUGGAGGAGACUGUUAGAAAACUUGAAAAGAAAGUUCAGACCCUUAUACGUGACUGUCAAGUUAUCAGAGAGACUAAAGAAAACCAGAUUUCAGAGCUGAAAAAGAUAUGUGAGCAAAGUACAGAAUUUCUGAAUAAUGACUGGGAAAAAAAGCUGCACAACGCGGUGGCGGAGAUGGAGAGGGAGAAGUUUGACCUUCAGAAGCGGCACACGGAGAGCAUCCAGGAGCUGCUGGAGGACACCAACGCCCGGCUGCGCAGGAUGGAGGGCGAGUACACGGCGCAGACCCAGGCCACGAACCAGAUGGUGAAAGAACUGGAGUCCCGUGUCCAGCAGCUGACUGGAGAAGCAGAAAACAGUAACUUACAGAAGCAGAAAUUAAUUCAAGAAAAAUUGGAACUGGAGAGAUGUUACCAGAUAACAUGUAGUGAGUUGCAAGAAGUAAAGGCAAGGCGCAAUUCACUGCAUAAAGAGAAAGAUCAUCUUAUGAACGAUUAUGAGCAAAGUGUGAAGCUAUUACAAAACAAGUAUGAUGCUGAUAUAAACCUUCUGAAAAAGGAACACACACUUUCAGUUUCUAAGGCCUCUGGUACAAUUAAAGAAUUAGAACAGAACAUCUGUCAAUUAAAACUGCAGUUACAGGAAUCAGAACUUCAAAGAAAGCAACAACUACAGGAUCAAGAAAAUGAGUUUCAAAUGGAGAAAAGUAAUUUAAAACGCACCUAUGAAAAAAAGGUUCACGACUUGCAGAGUGAGCUUGAUAAAGAAAAAGAAGAUACUCAAAAGAAAAUCUAUAAAUUUGAGGAAGCUUUGAAGGAGAAAGAGGAGCAGCUGGCUCGUGUGACGGAGGUUCAGAGGUUGCAGGCCCAGCAGGCAGACGCUGCCCUGGAGGAGUUUAAGCGGCAGGUGGAACUGAACUCGGAGAAAGUCUAUGCCGAAAUGAAAGACCAGAUGGAAAAAGUGGAAGCAGAUCUAACUAGAUCUAAGUCUCUUCGUGAGAAACAAUCAAAGGAGUUUUUAUGGCAGAUGGAGGAUGUCAAGCAAAGAUAUGAACAGCAGAUAGUAGAGCUGAAGCUGGAGCAUGAACAGGAGAAGACGCACCUAUUACAGCAGCAUAACGCAGAGAAGGAUAGCCUAGUCCGAGACCAUGAACGGGACAUUGAAAACCUGGAAAAACAGCUUCGCGCUGCCAAUAUGGAGCACGAAAAUCAAAUUCAAGAGUUCAAGAAACGAGAUUCACAGGUUAUUGCUGACAUGGAGGCCCAGGUCCACAAGCUGAGAGAAGAGCUGAUUCACGUGAACACACAGCGGAAGCAGCAGCUGGUAGAGCUCGGUCUUCUCCGUGAAGAGGAGAAGCAAAGGGCUGCCAGGGACCAUGAGGCUACCGUCAGCAAACUAAAGGCUGAAUCAGAGAAGAUGAAAAUAGAGCUGAGAAAGACUCAUGCAGCUGAGACGGAGAUGACGCUGGAAAAGGCCAACAGCAGACUGAAGCAGAUUGAGAAGGAGUACACCCAGAAGCUUGCCAAAUCUUUGCAGACCAUCUCCGAGCUCCAGACAGCCAUUUCCGCCCUGAAAGAAGAGAGCAGCCGGCAGCAGCUCGCUGCGGAAAGGCGGCUGCAGGAUGUUACCCAGAAGUUUGAAGAUGAGAAGAAGCAGCUGAUUAGAGAUAAUGACCGAGCAAUCAAGGCCUUGCGAGAUGAACUGGAAAACCGCUCGAACCAAGUGCGAUGCGCAGAGAAGAAGUUGCAGCACAGGGAGCUGGAGGCCCAGGAGCAGAUAACUUACAUACGACAAGAAUACGAAACAAAAUUCAAAGGGUUGAUGCCAGCUUCUCUAAGACAAGAACUUGAAGACACCAUUUCCUCCCUGAAGUCACAGGUUAACUUUCUGCAGAAGAGAGCGUCCAUCCUUCAGGAAGAGCUGACCACCUACCAAGGCAGAAGAAAGGAGGCUCAGAUGAGCCCCUGCUGACUCGAGAGAGAAAGAGAGACCACGCUGAUCGCUGAGAGGAACUG